CCUGUAUAAGUAACUACUGUUGAUGAGGAUGAUCCUGGUAGCUCUGCUGGUUCCUCUCCUGGUUCUGUCCAGCGCUGGACAUACCUCAGGAACGAUUGUCACCAGCUGCGAGGCGUGUCACGAACAAGCCGUCUGCAGCACCUCGCCCACGGCAGGUGACAUCACAUGCACCUGUAAGAAGGGCUUCUCCGGAGACGGCCUCAUCUGCUUACCCGGCCACACCGCCACCGACGACCACCAUGCCCCUCGCCGUGUCCGCCGCUCCUACCCCACCUCCAACACCAACCUUGCCCAUGUCCGGUUCAGCUGCGGCUUUUAUGAGUGCGCUGAUGGGGAGGACUGCAUCACGGUCGAUGGCAUCCAGCAGUGCGCCAACCCCUGCAAGAGCUACACGGUCCUGAACGACCUGUGGCGUUCCACCAACAACAAUGAGGGCGAGAAACACUGUGACCGCAACGUCCACUGGGACGGCUAUUACCGCAUGUUCAUCGGCAACCAGAGCGUGUCCAUGCCGGACAAGUGUGUAGAUUCGUUAAUGUGCGGCACCCAGGCUCCCUUGUGGCUGGCGUUUCCUCCCCCCCAGCAGGUGGAUGAGAUUGUCCAGAGUGCAGUCUGCGCCAGCUUCAAUGGGGACUGCUGCUGGGUGCAGUCUCAGCCCAUCCACGUCAAGGCAUGCCCUGGGAACUACUUUGUGUACAAGUUCGUCAUGCCUCCCGGGUGCUACUUCGCCUAUUGUGCAUAUGUGUCAGCUCUCACCACAACACCAAAACCAGUCACAACAACAACCACAACAACAACAACAACCACAACAACAAAAGCACCUGUAAAGGUCACCACAACAACAAAAGCACCUGUAAAGGUCACCACAACAACAAAAGCACCUGUAAAGGUCACCACAACAACAAAAGCACCUGUAAAGGUCACCACAACAACACAAACACCUGUAAAGGUCACCAAGACAACAAAUGCACCUGUAAAAGACACCACGACAACACAAACACCUGUUACGAUACCCACGACAACACAAACACCUGCUAAGAUCACCACAACACCGCAAACACCUGUUAAGAUCACCACGAUAAUGCAGACACCUGUUAAGGUCACCACAACAACACAAACACCUAUUAAGAUCACCGCGACAACACAAACAUCCAUAAAUAUCACCACUACGACAAAAUCACCAGUAGACAAAAAUCGCACCACAACAACAACACAGUCACAGGUUGCCACGACUACGCCAAAAGCAAUGUGUGGUACCUGCAGAGCGGGGGAGACCUGCGUGAGCACCGAUGGGGUCACUUGGCGGUGUGAGAGGCCAGAUCAGCCUGUUUUGCUGCGACCUGAGCUGGUAUGUGGGCGGAGCCUGGUACAGGUGGGUCUCAACAGGACUAACCUGGAGGCCGCUGGUCUGGACGCCACCACCGCUAACCUGGCCGACCCCCAGUGUAACGCUCACGAAGAGCGUGGCGGCAUAGUAUGGUACCAGGUGGAGCGCACAGAGGGCGCCUGCGGAAACACUCUGGAGACAAACGGAAUUGACGCCAUCUUUUCCAACAGUUUAUUCAUCUACCACAUUCACGACGUGUCCUUCACUCGACCCGUGAGCGUGCCUUUCUCUUGUGCCUACCCUCUGGAAUCAGAGACCAGCCUGGAUGUGGCCAUCAAACCCUACCUGUCGUAAGUGGAGACGUUACGUUACAGUAAACAAUA